GACUGUGACUCUCUGUCUUGUGACGUCGGCGCGACUCCGGGCGGACAGAAUAAUAAUUCCGCGCUCGUCUACAAAAUGUGAAUCAGUGAAGGUCGCGGAGCCCGUUGCCAAUUACUUCGCUAGCUGCGUUCCACAUAUUGUUUACGGGUGUGCACUCGGCCGCAUUUACGUAACCUAUCGAUCCGAGGGGGCUCGCCUCUCAGCUGUUAGCGAUGUUGAAUUUGUGUUCGAAGGUGAAGAGCGCGAGGCCGCUAGAGCGAUGCUUCGCGAGCGUGGUGGAGCUGCCGAAACUGCAGGACUUCGGCGUGCAGAACGAGCCCGUGUUGGACUAUCGCGCCGGAAGCAAGGAGCGCGUGGCGCUGGAGGAAGAACUAAAAAAGACGGCGGCCGUCACCGAGGACGUCCCCAUCGUGAUCGGCAAUGAAAACAUCAAGGAUGGCGAGCCGCGCUACCAGGUGAUGCCGCACAACCACGGUAAAAAGCUCGCUAAAUUCUACUACGCAUCUGAGAAGACUAUCCAAAAGGCUAUCGGGGUGAGCGUGGAGGCGCAAGCGCGCUGGGACCGCACGCCGUACGAGGAGCGCGUGCGGAUCUGGGAGCGUGCGUCGGAGAUGAUGGCCGGCGCGCACCGCCAGCGCCUCAACGCCGCCACCAUGCUCGGCCAGUCCAAGUCCGUCGUGCAGGCCGAGAUCGACUCCGCCGCCGAACUCAUCGACUUCUUCCGUUUCAACGUUUUCUUCCUAAAGGAAAACGCGAAAUAUCAACCCAUCUCUGAAAAUCCUAAAGUAACCAGGAACUCCAUGAGGUUCCGUGGAAUUGAUGGGUUCAUUGCUGCCAUAAGCCCGUUCAACUUCACAGCUAUUGGUGGUAAUCUCGCGUACACUCCGGCUCUGAUGGGCAAUGGAGUUGUCUGGAAGCCGUCUGACACCGCUGUCCUUUCUAAUUGGAGAAUCUUCAACAUCAUGAGGGAAGCAGGCUUGCCUCCAGGUGUAGUCAACUUUGUGCCUGCCGAUGGACCUACCUUCGGCAAGACUAUUACUUCAUCCCCGCAUCUUGCUGGUGUCAACUUCACGGGUUCUGUGCCCACUUUCAACUGGAUUUGGGGAGCGGUAGCUAAAAACUUGGACCACUUCCGCAACUAUCCCAGGCUCAUCGGUGAAUGUGGGGGCAAGAACUAUCACUUCAUUCACCCGACUGCUGAUGUUAAAUCUGUAGUGACAUCUACCAUCCGCUCAGCCUUUGAAUAUUGCGGCCAGAAGUGUUCCGCUUGUUCCCGUAUGUAUGUGCCCAGAUCCCUGUACGAACCCAUCAAGGCAGGUCUGGUGGAGGAGCUAGCCAAACUCAAGGUUGGAGAUGUCAAUGACUUCAGCGUGUUCAUGGGGGCGGUUAUUGACGAUAAGGCGUUCGCUAGGAUUACAGGUUACAUCAAGAAUGCCAAGAACAACCCCAAGAACAAGAUCCUGGGCGGCGGAGAGUUCGAUGGCAGCAAGGGCUACUUCGUACAGCCAACAAUCAUCGAGACGAGCGACCCACAUGACAAGCUCAUGGUGGAGGAAAUAUUCGGCCCCGUGCUCACCAUGUAUGUGUACGAGGAUAAGGAUCUCAUGCAGGCACUGUCUCUUGUAGGAUCCUCAACUAAGUUCGCUUUGACUGGCGCCAUCUUUGCUGCUGACCAGGACUUCCUGCAUCUGGCUCUAGAGGAGCUGAAGCCGACCGCUGGUAACUUCUACAUAAAUGAUAAAUCUACAGGAUCAGUGGUGGGUCAGCAGCCAUUCGGCGGCGGCCGCAUGUCAGGCACGAACGACAAGGCGGGCGGACCUACUUAUGUAAUGCGCUGGACCUCCCCGCAGUCCAUCAAGGAGACCUUUGUGCCGCUGCGCGACGUUGACUACCCAUACAUGCGGGAUUAAGCUAGCAAGCGAUUCAACAACAGGAUACUUGAACAAUAAUUAGGAUAAAGCUAUGUAGCAAUGUUCGGAGAUGUUGUUUCAUGCCAGUGGCGGCUACAGUGCUGGCCAACCAUAUAGGAGAUACUAUAUAUCUAAC